UCCUAAUGAAAGGGACUGGAGUGUCUUCUUGCAGUGGGAGACCAGACACGCCUCUGAUGGAGGGUGGGAGAGAAGUUUAAGAGGACCAGCGCCCCCCGACCUCCGCCUGUGCUGGAAUCCGCUGGGAAACUUCUCUUCCCAUGAGAAGAAAGAAGCCUGAGACAGCAGCCUAUGACGACUGUGAAGACAAUCCAGAAUUGCAAUUAUGAAUGGUGUUGCUGCUGGGCUCCUUCUGCAGAGCAUCUGAAAUGAACCUCUCUUAUUGAUUGUUUUUAUUGGCCCCGAGCCAGGAGUACUGGAUUCAGUUGACUUCAGGAUUAGAAAGAGAACUGUUUUGGUUAUCAUCAUAAACAUAUGAACCAGUGUGAUGGUGAAAUGAGAUGAGGCUCCGAAAUGGAACUGUAGCUACUGUUUUAGCAUUUAUCACUUCGUUCCUGACUUUAUCUUGGUAUACUACGUGGCAAAAUGGGAAAGAAAAACUGAUUGCUUAUCAACGAGAGUUUCUUGCCUUGAAAGAACGUCUUCGAAUAGCUGAACAUAGAAUCUCUCAGCGCUCUUCUGAAUUAAAUGCCAUUGUACAGCAGUUCAAGCGUGUAGGAGCAGAAGCAAAUGGAAGUAAGGAUCCAUUAAAUAAAUUUUCAGAUAAUACUCUUAAGCUAUUAAAGGAGUUAACAAGCAAAAAAUCUCUUCAAGUGCCAAGUAUUUAUUAUCAUUUGCCUCAUUUAUUGCAAAAUGAAAGAAGCCUUCAGCCUGCUCUGCAGAUUGGUAACGGAAGAACAGGAGGUCUUACUGAGAUCCUCCACUUUUUUCUCAAGGCCAUGUCAAUAGUAAUGGGAAUUCCCACAGUGAAGAGAGAAGUGAAAUCUUACCUCAUAGAAACCCUUCAUUCCCUUAUUGAUAAUCUGUAUCCUGAAGAGAAGUUGGACUGUGUUAUAGUCGUCUUCAUAGGAGAGACAGAUAGUGAUUAUGUACACAGUGUUGUAGCCAACUUGGAGAAAGAAUUUUCUAAAGAAAUCAGUUCUGGCUUGGUGGAAAUAAUAUCCCCUCCUGAAAGCUAUUAUCCUGACCUGACAAACUUAAAGGAGACAUUUGGAGACUCCAAAGAAAGAGUAAGAUGGAGAACAAAGCAAAACCUAGAUUAUUGUUUUCUAAUGAUGUAUGCUCAGGAAAAGGGAAUAUAUUACAUUCAGCUUGAAGAUGAUAUUAUUGUCAAACAAAAUUACUUUAACACUAUAAAAAAUUUUGCACUUCAACUUUCUUCUGAAGAAUGGAUGAUACUCGAGUUCUCCCAGCUGGGCUUCAUUGGUAAAAUGUUUCAAGCACCAGACCUCACUCUGAUUGUGGAAUUCAUAUUUAUGUUCUAUAAGGAGAAACCCAUUGAUUGGCUCUUGGACCAUAUACUCUGGGUCAAAGUCUGCAACCCUGAAAAAGACGCAAAACAUUGUGAUAGACAGAAAGCAAAUCUACGAAUUCGCUUCAGACCUUCGCUUUUCCAGCAUGUUGGUCUGCAUUCUUCUCUAUCAGGAAAAAUACAGAAACUCACGGAUAAAGAUUACAUGAAACCAUUAAUUCUUAAAAUCCAUGUAAACCCACCUGCAGAGAUAUCUACUUCUUUGAAGGUCUACCAAGGACAUACACUGGAAAAAACUUACAUGGGGGAGGAUUUCUUCUGGGCUAUAACCCCAGUAGCCGGAGACUACAUCUUGUUCAAAUUUGAUAAGCCAGUCAAUGUAGAAAGUUACUUGUUCCACAGCGGCAACCAAGAACAUCCAGGAGAUAUCCUGCUCAACACAACUGUGGAAGUUUUGCCUUUAAAGAGUGAAGGUUUGGAAAUAAGCAAAGAAACCAAAGACAAACGAUUAGAAGAUGGUUAUUUCAGAAUAGGAAAAUUUGAGAAUGGUGUUGCCGAAGGAAUGGUGGAUCCUAGCCUAAACCCCAUUUCAGCCUUUCGACUUUCAGUUAUUCAGAAUUCUGCCGUUUGGGCCAUUCUUAAUGAGAUUCAUAUUAAAAAAGUCACCAACUGAUCAUCUGCUAAGAAACCAGUACAUUUUUUCCUGUGAAUUUGUUAAUUAAAGAUAGUUAAGCAUGUA